AUGAUGCUUCCUGCAAAUAAAGCUAGAGAGUGGCAGCAGCUGCAAUCAAAGAAAUAUGCUGACAAAAGAAAGUUUGGUUUUGUUGAAGCUCAGAAGGAGGAUAUGCCUCCUGAGCACAUUCGCAAAAUUGUCCGAGACCAUGGUGACAUGACAAACCGGAAAUUCAGACACGAUAAGCGUGUGUAUCUCGGCGCUCUAAAAUACAUGCCUCACGCAAUUUUGAAACUACUUGAGAAUAUGCCCAUGCCCUGGGAACAGAUCAGAGAUGUAUUAUAUCACAUUACUGGAGCUAUCACAUUUGUGAAUGAAAUACCUUGGGUAGUUGAGCCGAUUUACAUCGCUCAGUGGAGUUCAAUGUGGAUCAUGAUGCGUCGAGAAAAACGGGAUCGUCGUCAUUUUCGGAGAAUGCGUUUUCCUCCUUUUGAUGACGAAGAACCUCCUCUCGACUAUGCAGACAAUAUCCUCGAUGUCGAACCACUUGAACCUAUCCAAAUGGAUCUUGAUCCAGAUGAAGAUGGCGCAAUCUCUGAGUGGUUCUAUGAUCGCAAUCCUCUCGCUGAAACUCCGCAUGUGAAUGGAGUCACUUAUCGCCGUUGGAAUUUGCCUCUUCCGAUAAUGUCAAAUUUGUAUAGAUUGGCAAAUUGCCUUCUGACUGACCUUAUGGAUGAUAACUACUUUUAUCUCUUCGAUUUAAAAUCCUUUUUCACUGCAAAGGCCCUUAAUGUCGCCUUACCUGGUGGUCCGAAAUUUGAACCACUUGUAAAGGAUCGUAACUUAGAUGAUGAGGAUUGGAAUGAGUUCAAUGAUAUCAACAAGAUAAUUAUCCGUCAGCCGAUUCGAACGGAGUAUCGAAUUGCAUUCCCUUACCUCUACAAUAGUUAUCCCUUCCAAGUUCAUCUAUCUUGGUAUCACACUCCGAAUGUCCUGUUCAUUAAGACUGAAGAUCCAGAUUUGCCGGCUUUCUAUGUUGAUCCUCUUGUGAAUGCAAUUUCGCAGCGGCAUGCCAAAAAGGUCCCUGAAGCUCACAUCCCCACUUUUGAGGAAACUCAAGAAGAAUUUGUUCUUCCUGAAUAUUACAAACCUUUCAUGGCUGAUACGCCACUCUAUACAGACAACACAGCAAAUGGUAUCGGUCUUUUAUGGACGCCUAGACCAUUUAAUAUUCGGUCGGGUAGUACAAGACGUGCUUUAGAUGUUCCACUAGUUCAAACUUGGUACAGGGAACAUUGCCCUUCCGGAAUGCCUGUUAAGGUUCGUGUGUCAUACCAAAAAUUGCUUAAAUACUUCGUGCUAAAUGCUCUCCAUCAUAGAAAACCAAAACCUCAGAGAAAGCGUUACCUCUUCCGCUCCUUUAAAGCGACCAAAUUUUUCCAAUCGACAACUCUCGAUUGGGUCGAGGUUGGUCUUCAAGUUUGCCGACAAGGUUACAACAUGUUGAACCUUCUAAUUCAUCGAAAGAAUCUCAAUUACCUUCACUUAGAUUACAACUUUAACUUAAAGCCAGUCAAGACACUGACUACAAAGGAAAGAAAGAAGUCGCGUUUCGGUAACGCUUUCCAUCUCUGUCGUGAAAUUCUCCGUUUGACUAAACUUGUUGUGGACAGCCAUGUGCAAUAUCGACUGGGAAAUGUGGAUGCCUAUCAGCUCGCUGAUGGUCUUCAAUAUAUCUUCUCUCAUGUUGGUCAACUGACGGGUAUGUAUCGUUACAAGUACAAACUCAUGAGACAGAUUCGAAUGUGCAAGGAUCUCAAACAUCUUAUUUACUAUCGAUUCAACACCGGAGCUGUAGGUAAAGGUCCUGGUGUUGGUAUGUGGGCUCCGGCUUGGAGAGUCUGGCUUUUCUUUUUGAGAGGAAUAACCCCUCUCCUAGAAAGGUGGCUGGGGAAUCUUCUUUCUCGUCAGUUUGAGGGUCGUCAUUCGAAGGGAGUGGCGAAGACCGUUACCAAACAGCGGGUUGAGUCUCACUAUGACCUUGAGUUGCGUGCUGCUGUUAUGCAUGAUAUAAUUGACAUGAUGCCUGAGGGUAUCAAGCAGAAUAAAGCCAGAACGAUUCUUCAACACCUCAGUGAAGCUUGGCGUUGCUGGAAGGCUAAUAUCCCAUGGAAGGUACCUAAUAUGCCUAUCCCUAUUGAGAAUAUGAUUCUCCGAUAUGUCAAGGCUAAAGCGGAUUGGUGGACAAACACAGCUCAUUACAAUCGUGAACGUAUUCGUCGAGGUGCUACUGUAGACAAGACGGUGUGCAAGAAGAAUCUUGGCCGUCUUACGCGCUUAUAUCUCAAAGCAGAACAAGAAAGGCAGCACAAUUACCUUAAAGAUGGUCCUUAUGUUACUCCUGAAGAGGCUGUGGCCAUUUACACUACAACAGUUCACUGGCUUGAAAGUCGUCGCUUUUCGCCUAUUCCAUUCCCUCCUGUUAGCUACAAACAUGACACUAAGCUGCUUAUCCUUGCUCUUGAACGACUUCGUGAAUCAUACUCUGUUAAGAAUCGUUUAAAUCAGUCUCAACGUGAAGAACUUGGCCUAAUCGAACAGGCAUAUGAUAAUCCACACGAAGCUCUGAGUAGAAUCAAACGUCAUUUGUUAACUCAGCGUGCUUUCAAGGAAGUGGGUAUUGAAUUCAUGGAUCUCUAUAGUCAUCUUGUACCCGUUUAUGAUGUGGAACCAUUGGAGAAGAUUACAGAUGCCUACUUAGAUCAGUACCUUUGGUAUGAGGCGGAUAAACGGCGUCUUUUCCCUCCAUGGAUAAAGCCUGCGGAUUCAGAACCGCCGCCUCUUUUGGUUUACAAAUGGUGUCAGGGUAUCAAUAAUCUCAAAGACGUCUGGGAGACCAGUGAAGGUGAAUGCAACGUCCUCUUGGAGACUCGUUUUGAGAAGGUAUACGAGAAGGUAGAUCUUACUCUACUCAAUCGUUUGUUACGCCUCAUUGUUGACCACAAUAUUGCCGAUUACAUGUCUGCCAAAAAUAACGUGGUCAUUAACUACAAAGACAUGAACCACAUUAAUAGCUACGGUGUCAUUCGUGGUUUACAGUUCGCCUCCUUUAUCAUGCAGUACUAUGGCUUGGUGCUUGAUCUCUUAGUUAUCGGUUUGGAGCGCUCGUCUGAAAUGGCUGGUUCACCUCAGAUGCCAAAUGACUUCUUGCAAUUCCAGGAUAUUUCAACCGAAGUUGCACAUCCAAUUCGUCUUUACACUCGAUAUGUUGAUCGUUUAUGGAUGUUCUUGCGUUUCUCUGCAGAAGAAGCUAGAGACCUCAUUCAACGUUAUCUCACUGAACAUCCAGAUCCAAAUAACGAAAACAUUGUCGGUUACAAUAACAAGAAAUGCUGGCCUCGUGAUUCACGUAUGCGUUUGAUGAAACACGACGUCAACUUGGGCAGAGCCGUAUUCUGGGAUAUCAAGAAUCGUUUGCCUAGAUCUGUGACAACAAUUGACUGGGAGAGUUCAUUUGUAUCAGUUUACUCGAAGGACAAUCCUAAUUUGCUCUUUGCGAUGUGUGGUUUUGAAUGCAGAAUUCGGCCAGCUUGUAGAGCUCCAUCUCAAGCAUCUGAUGCAAAUCUACCCGGUGGGGUUUGGCAUCUACAGAACGAGGUGACAAAGGAACGCACAGCUCAAUGCUUCCUUCGUGUUGACGAUGAUUCAAUGCAGAAAUUCCACAAUCGUGUUCGUCAAAUUUUGAUGGCUUCGGGUUCGACCACAUUCACAAAGAUCGUUAACAAGUGGAACACAGCUCUCAUCGGUCUAAUGACCUACUUCAGAGAAGCUGCUAGUUCCACGGUACCUCUCCUCGACUUGCUUGUCAAGUGCGAGAACAAGAUCCAAACUCGUAUCAAGAUUGGUCUUAACUCCAAAAUGCCUGCCCGUUUUCCACCUGUUGUCUUCUAUACUCCGAAAGAGUUGGGUGGUUUAGGUAUGCUGAGUAUGGGCCACGUAUUGAUUCCUCAAUCUGACCUUCGUUGGUCAAAACAAACUGAUGUAGGGAUUACCCAUUUUCGUUCUGGAAUGAGCCACGAUGAAGAUCAAGUUAUUCCGACUCUCUUCUCAUAUAUACAGACUUGGGAAACCGAGUUUCGUGAUUCACAGUCUGUAUGGGCUGAAUAUGCACUCAAACGUCAAGAAGCUAACGCCCAGAAUAGAUCUAUAAAAAUUAGAAAACUCAAAAACAUUCCAUUGGAAAUUAGUCCUGGUUUCAUUACAUUUGAGGGUAAUCUUACCACAAAGCCAAUCAACGGAGCGAUCUUCAUCUUCAAUCCACGUACUGGUCAGCUCUUCUUAAAAAUCAUUCACACAUCUGUGUGGGCAGGUCAAAAGCGUUUGGGUCAAUUAGCAAAGUGGAAGACAGCCGAAGAAGUGGCUGCCCUUAUCCGUUCUUUGCCUGUGGAAGAACAACCCAAACAGAUUAUUGUUACCAGAAAGGGUAUGCUGGACCCCCUAGAAGUCCAUCUUCUCGAUUUCCCAAAUAUCGUCAUCAAGGGUUCUGAACUGCAACUGCCUUUCCAAGCUUGUCUUAAAGUAGAGAAAUUCGGUGAUCUCAUUCUCAAAGCCACUGAGCCCCAGAUGGUUCUGUUCAAUCUCUAUGAUGAUUGGCUCAAAUCAAUUUCCUCCUACACCGCUUUCUCGCGUCUUAUCCUCAUUCUCCGUGCUUUACACGUUAAUAACGAUAAGGCUAAAGUUACGCUGAAACCAGACAAAACGACAAUCACGGAACCUCAUCACAUUUGGCCAACUCUCACAGCGGAGGAAUGGAUUAAGGUUGAGUACCAACUGAAGGAUCUCAUUCUCGCUGACUAUGGCAAGAAGAACAAUGUGAACGUGGCUUCUCUCACACAGUCCGAAAUUCGAGACAUCAUUUUGGGUAUGGAAAUAUCCGCUCCAUCACAACAACGCCAACAGAUUGCAGAGAUUGAAAAGGCUGCUAAAGACCAAGCCCAAUUAACUGCUACUACCACGAAGACUGUGAACAAACACGGUGAAGAGAUCAUUUCAACCACCACGUCUAACUAUGAGAAACAGCAUUUCUCGAGCAAGACUGAGUGGCGUGUUCGUGCAAUCUCGGCAACAAACCUCUACCUUCGCACAAAUAACAUUUAUGUUAGUUCUGACGAUGUCAAGGAGAAUGGAUACACUUAUAUUCUGCCUAAGAAUGUACUUAAGAAGUUUAUCACCAUCUCCGAUCUUCGUGCUCAGAUUUGCGGUUACUUAUACGGUAUCUCACCUCCCGACAACAAUCAAAUUAAGGAGAUUCGUUGCAUAGUAAUGCCACCUCAAUGGGGAACCCAUCAAACAGUUCACGUACCAGAAGGUCUUCCUCAAGAUGAAUAUCUUCGGGAACUGGAACCUCUUGGUUGGAUCCACACACAACCCAACGAGUUGCCUCAACUCUCGCCUCAAGAUGUCUCUACCCACGCCAAGCUAUUUGCUGAACAGGAUGGAGAUCGAACCAUUGUCAUCACUUGCAGCUUCACGCCUGGCUCCGUCUCACUUUGUGCUUACAAACUUACACCAGGUGGUUAUGAGUGGGGUCGACAGAACUCGGAUAAGGGAAACAAUCCCAAGGGAUAUCUGCCAAGUCACUAUGAGCGUGUCCAGAUGCUUCUGUCUGAUCGAUUUUUGGGAUUCUUCAUGGUUCCUGCUCAGGGUUCAUGGAAUUACAACUUUAUGGGUGUUCGUCACAACCCCAAUAUGAAGUAUGAGUUGCAACCAUUGAAGCCGAAGAAAUUUUAUCAUCGUAUUCAUCGACCAUCGCACUUCUUGGACUUCACAAACGCAGAAGACAACGAAUCUUAUGCAGCGGAUCGCGAAAAUCCUCUUGGUUAG